GUUUUGGUACUUUUGGUUAUGUAAUGUAAAGGCUGUUCUUCAGAUCUAUCAAUCAAUGAAAUCUGUGUUUUAUUAGCAAUUUUUUCCGAAUUUACGCCUAAUUUCUCAAUUGUUUUAAUUUUCUAAUUGCAAAAAUAAUGGAGUUUGAGUUGAUCUUUUAAAUUUAGAAUAUCAAACGUUUGAUGUGUUGUUGGUGCACAGUAUGCGGUAUACAGUGCGUCGCACAGUAAUAUUCCCUUAUUAACCUGUUAUUUUAUUUAUUUAUUUAUUUUAAUUUUCAGAAAUGAAAACAGGUUGCUAAAUGUGAGAGCGGCAAGUGAAAAUUUGGCGGGAAACUCAAUAAAGUAAUUUGGAGAGAGAAAAGCUUCAAAUGGAUCGAUAUGUUGUGCCAAUUGAAUCUUCUUCUACAAACCCUAAGCCAAUUAGAAGGCCUCGUUGGAAGAGGACUGCAAUUGAAUUGAAUGGCUGUAUUGAAUCUAAAUACAAGCGCGAAAUGUGUGGAUUAUUGGUUCAAUCUUAUUCUCAGAUUGGCGUGUUUACUCAUCUGUAUCAUAUUGAUGGACGUCCUUGUCAAACUCAUAUGAAUCGAGUAAUGUCGUUUGCUGGCUUGGAUCAUCAGGGGUCCUCUAGAAGGCACGGUGUAUCUGCAUUAGAGUUUGAUAAUCAGGGAAUAUACUUAGCUUCGGUGACAAAAUCUGGUUGCUUGAUGGUGCACGACUUUGAAUCUCUUUACUGCCAAAGUAAUGUGACAUCACCAUGGUGGAAGGAGGAUGAAACAAAGCAUCUUUUGCACAUAUCUACAAGAAGGCAUCUUGAUUCUGUUCGAUGGAAUCCUGCUAACCAAGACGAGGUUGCUUGCACAUCACUGAAAAGCCGUGAAGUAUUAAUUUAUGACAUUGGUUAUGUCUCUUCCGACCCUGUUGAAAUUUUAACAAAGAGGGCUUCUGUCACUAUCCAUGGUUCUGAUAUCGUGACGGGUCUGUCAGAUGUAGCUUUUACAUCAGAUGAUUCCAGAGUUUUUGCUUCGGAUACCUCUGGUUCAAUCAAUAUAUGGGAUAGAAGAAGAGGUAGUUUUCCAUCUGUUGAGCUGACAACCAAUUCCCACAAUGCUCUGAACAGUAUACAAUUGAAUGUCGAAAAUCAGAUUGUUUAUGGAGCUGGUAAGCAGGGCAUGAUAUAUAUGUGGGAUCUUCGUGGUGGAAGAACAUCAGCAGCUUUCCAGAGCAAUAAAGAGGCAUAUCAUCCACCUAUGGCAUCAGUGAAGGUCUCAUCGUUGCUAGAGAAAAUAAAGUCAUUAAAGGCGCAGUCACAUAUUGUCCCCAAGGAUAUACACUCGAUCAAUUUGGAUCCCACUUCUUCUUAUCGUUUAGCAUUCCACCUUGAUGAUGGAUGGUCAGGCAUUCUUGAUAUCCAUACAUUAGAAGUGACACAUAUCCAUUGCCCUCCACCAGCCUGGUUGACUGGCUCAGACAUAUCCAAUUUAUCGUACCUUAUAAAGCCGUCCUGGCUAUCCACAAAUUCAAUAUAUGCAGUUGGGUCAGCAUCAUCAGAUAAAGGACUACACCUUCUAGACUUCUUUCCUGAUCCAAAUUCUCCCUGCCAUGUGGACUGCAGUGAGGAAAUGGUGAAUAGUUCCAGGCAAAACGGUUUUGUUCCUCUGUCUGAAGAUGUUUCUGCUUGUGCUACACAUCCACAAAAUGAUUUCAUUGUAGCUGGCACCAAGCAAGCAUCUUUGCUUAUGAUUGGCCAAAGAAAGAAGAGCUUACACGGGGAUGAAGGUCCUUGAAACAAUUGAACCUUGUGGAAAUGAUACAAGACUGAUUGUCAAGACCUCAAGCAGCAGAUCCUUGUCAUCAUAAACAGCCAUGAUGCUUUCGAAUUUCCGAAAGUCACCUCCUUUGAAAGUGCAAAAUGAGCAUUGAAGGGUUGAAGUCAGUUGGAGUUCAGGGAAGAAUUAUCAGCUUCUAUUGCCAAAGAAAGUGCAAAAUACAAGACUUGAUUCAUAACUUGGGAUUGUGAAUCCAUCUUGUGCUUCUUCAUCAUUCGUCCUCCACGUCAUUCAUCAUGUAUAUUUUGCAUUGUAUCAAGCUAACAAAACUUUGUUGUAACAUAAAUAUAACAUGGUUAUAGGUUUAUGUAUUAGGAAAAUAUAACAUGGUUCAAUUGCACAAGUAGUUGGAACUUGCAAGAUAGUGUAAUAUUGUUGGAGAAGAAAAAGAUUCAAAUUAUUAUUUUUUUAUUUAUUUUUAAUAAAAAAAAUUGAAGCAUAAUUAUAUGAUUAUAUGACUUUUGCUAAACAAGCUCUUAUUGUUUAAACUUGUAAUUUGUAAAUAAGCUAUUGCUUUUCCUUAAAAAAAAAAAUAAUAAUAAAAAAAAAAUUGGUAGACAACUUAAAAUAAAAUGAGAGAAAUUAAUGGUAAAUUAAGGAUGUCAAAAAAAAGAAUCAACUAAUUAACUACUUACCUCUUUUAAAAGGGAGUCACACCCACCCUAUUACCCAAACUCAAAUAAAGAGUUUUGAGUCGAGCUCAACUCGGCUUGUUAUCACCCCGACCUACGUAACGCAUUAUAUAGUUACUGAGCUAGAACCGGAAGUUGUAACUCUGUAAAUUGGGCGGUUCAAUCUCGCUGUUUUCUCCCAGUUCCCGCCAAGGUUUUGAAUAAGGUUGCCGAGUCAAGAAAAGUGGUAGAAAUCAAGAUGAAUUUAACUGUGGUAAGAGGUUUUUGGAUAUGCCCAUAGGCAUAGGAUCUUCUGUAAGGUAUUAAAUUUUGAUCAUUUAAUGCCCGCCUAACAUCUUUAUCUUAAUUUUCUUUGUAGAAUGGUACAUUAAGAUACUUAAAUCCUAUAGUCUCCACGUUAGAAAGCAUUUAUAUCCUAGAAAAGAAAUUGUUUUGUUUACGUAGAAAAGUCGCUGUGUUCUACAACUAUUGUUGUCAUACAACCUGCCAGGGUAACGAAACAAAAAGUUUCCAUGUAUCAUUCUUCUCCAUGGUUAGAGUUCAACUAAGGAUUAGGGGAGUGAUGGUGCCCUUUUAUCAUAACCAAAAAGGUAAUUAUUCAUGGAAGGGUCAGACUGACUAAUUCCAGAGUGCUUUAGAGAUGAACUUUUAUGUACAAACCUUGAUGGUAGUCAUUUGCAUAUAUAGUAUCAUAUAUUUCGUAUUAGACUUGGUCUCUUGGCAAACCCCUGUUAAUAGGUAAUCAAUAUUUGAAGUUACAAUAUCAAGCAGUGUGUCUCUUAGUGAC